GCUAACGAUUUGGACGUGAAAGUAACAAAGCUGCUUGUUAUCACUAAAUUGGAUAAUCCGAAGUCAUGCUGUAGGUAAACUACCUAAAAAGUGACCUUUUGAGUGUAAGAAGGAAUCAACAUUUCUUAUGAAGUGCAAUUUUUCUACCUUUGGUAUCAUUGUAUGAUGAGAUAUUUCAUUUUCAGUGUCCUAUUGUGGUACGCUGUAGCUGUAAUCACAUUGUGAGUCUGAACCAUUGAUAGGAUGGAAUUGACUCAGCUAGAUUGCAAUAAUGGUAUGCCAACAAGAGUCUCUCCCACCUAAUGUGUAAGAUCCUACCCCUACAAUUGUGAGUUACUGAAAAUGACCUGUACCCGACUAUGGAUUUUUAUGUAAAAUGCCUUGUCCACCCAAUACCCUCUUCAGCCGGCUCUAUGUCAUUUGGAUCAUUUAGUGAUAAUAUUCCUUAGGGUAUCAUUAGGCUGGUAUGAUAACGAUUGAUUGAGAUUUGAGAGCAACCACCAAAUUCUAGAACUCCAAAUGAACCAAACAUAAAUACUUGUGCGGUCUAGAUUAGACUUGGAUGUAGAAGUCUCUUUAUAUAUGUUGGUUUCAAGUUCUACCUAUUUUUCUUCUACCUAUUGAGAAAGAACGGUCGUUGAAUUUUGAUGGGUCAUCAUUGUUAUAGAACAGAAGCCCCUUCUUCAUACCCAGUUCUGGUCUUCUUGGCAGUGACUGUUGUACUUCUUCUCUUGUCAACUUUGAUCUCGUCUUUUGAGGUCGAAGCCCCCAAAUUUGAGAUCAAUUUUGGUCUCAUAGCCGCACCAUUGCUGUUGCUUGCCGUCGUUCAUUCGUUGUCAUCAAUGUAAACGAAGAAGCCCUAUAUGACGCCACAAUGUUGGAAGUGCAGGCAUGCUUGUAAAUGUGGCUACUUCUGAAACGAUCAUGUGAUGCUGUAUUUAUCAAAAUUCAUAAGAGCUGGUUUGUCUAGUACUCGGUUAAGAUAAUAAAGAUGGUUUAUGUGUUUAUCGUUUUGUUUAUGCUAUAUGUACUGGGUUGAAUUGGUGUUCGUACAAGCACACCAAAUUUGGGUACUCUGAUUGUAAAUGUUGUGUUCUUCAUUUUGUUAUCCUUAUUCCUUUUCUACUCUUCCUCACUACAAGGGUUCCAUAGCAGAAGCCAAAGAAAUACCUGGUCUGUGUAUCCCGCAGUGUUCAUAAAGAAAGCAACAGAGUUGCAUCUCCAAUCUGCAGUUCGAGCUAUCGAAAGAGCCCUAGUUGGUGUGCGGGAAGGGUGCCCCAAGACAAGUGAUGUAAAAUCUUACACAAUAAAUUUUUCAUUCCCGCAUUCUGAGUUCUUGAGAAAAAGAAAAAAAGGGUAUUGGAAUGGAUUCCUAAGCAAUAAAUGGACCAGAUGAGAAGCAGCCCGAAUUACUCAAGAAAUUCUCUCGUGGAUGAAUCCACUCGAAGUCAAUCUUAGUAAGAAAGAACCAAAAUCCGUAACAAGUGGGAGGAUUUGCCCCAUGUCAUUUUAAGAGUGGCGUUAUGAGCCCACUAACAGGUGACUUGCAAAAAUUGUAUAUCAGUACCCAAAAUAAACAAGAUAUCCGCUUAGGCUUACCAUUAAAUAGUUGGUAUGGUGAACAAUUAAGAGAAGCGAUUUCUACUUCACUCGUUACAACUUAAAACACUCAAUGACCUAUACAUUAGAAACCUAAUGUGAGCGGUUGACAUGUGUUCGAGCCUCCUUGCAACAACAAAACAGAUGCGUCGGCGCCGUCUGACUUGGAUCGCAUUGACUGACUGGUAGAGUCUGAAGACCGGAGUCUCCUCCUACUAAAGUCCUCACGAUCUAGACCUGUUUCUCUCUCAAGAGUCAAGUCUCUCACCACUUUGCUCCUACUCAUUCUUAAUCUUUUAUUUUGAAGUCGAUCUGAUCCCAGUAAACCCAGCCAGUAGGGAAGAGAAACCUGAAAACCGACUGCUUGUUUUCCAUGAUAGUUACUUCCGAGCCUUGAAAUUGUGUUAAAAGCUUAUCGGGUUAUUCAUAUACAUAGUCCUUGGACACGUACUCUUCGACAAGUAGGAAAGUAGGUUUCAUCGGAAAUGAGCACACAAAGUACCUCUGCAUCUUCCCCCCCUUCAACUCCUCAGUGGAAAUAUGAUGUCUUUCUGAGCUUUAGAGGUGAUGACACUCGCAAGGCUUUUACAGACCACUUAUACACUGCAUUGGAACAUCAAGGAAUCAUAACUUUCAGGGAUGACCCUGAACUUCAAAAAGGGGAAGCUAUUUCUCCAGCACUUUUUGCUGCAAUUGAAGACUCGAGAUUUGCUCUCAUUGUUCUCUCUCAAAAUUAUGCAUCGUCGACAUGGUGCUUGAAUGAACUUGUGAGAAUUCUUGAAUGUAUGAAAGCAAGAGAAGCUGUGCUGCCAAUUUUCUAUGAUGUUGAUCCCUCUGAUGUACGAAAGCAAACAGGGAGUUUUAGACAAGCCUUCGCUAAUCAUGAAGAAAGAUUUAGGGGUGAAGAAGAGAAAGUGCAAAAUUGGAGAGAUGCUUUAAUUGAAGUGGCAAGUUUCUCUGGGUGGAAUUCAAAGGAUUGGUAUGAAUCAAAGCUCAUUACAGAUAUUGUUGAAGUUAUAUGUAAAAGAUUGCAACCUACAUCAUACGGUUAUGCAGAAAAUCUAGUUGGAAUUUACUCAAGAUUGCAUCCAGUUAAUUUGCUUUUAAGUGUAGGGGUGGAUGACGUCCGCUUCAUUGGUAUAUGGGGAAUGGGCGGGAUUGGUAAGACUACUAUGGUAAGAGCGGUGUAUGAGAGAAUCUCUUGUGAAUUUCAAUUCAGUUUCCUUAUUACUGAUGUCAGAAACUCCGUUGAAAAAAGUGGUUUACUUAAUCUGCAAAAGCAACUUCUCUCUGGGAUUGGGGCAAAAGUGGCUGACAUAUCAGACCUUCAUGUAGGAGCCACCAUAUUAAAGAGGUUAUUACGUCACAAAAAAGUUCUUCUCAUUCUUGAUGAUGUGAGCCAUUCAAGUCAUUUGGAAUUUUUGGCAGGAAACCCAGAGUGGUUUGGUUCAGGGAGUAGAGUUCUUAUCACAACUAGAGAUGAGCAUUUGUUGAUUGAACGUGAAGUAGAGAGUAGAUUGAAGGUCGAAGAAUUAAAUGAUCAUGAUUCUCUUCAGCUUUUUAGCUGGAAAGCAUUCAAAAGAGGUUAUCCUGAAGAAGAUUUUCUUGAUUUGUCUAAAUCUGUUAUAAAUUAUGCCAAAGGUCUUCCUUUAGCUCUUAAAGUACUUGGUUCUCUUUUGUGUGGAAGAGAUCCAAGUGAAUGGAACAGUGCAUUGAGAAAACUGGGAAGAGUUUGUAACUUGGAAAUCUUUGACAUACUUAAAAUAAGUUACGACGGUCUAGAUUCUGAAGAGAAGAAAAUAUUCCUAGACAUUGCAUGUUUCUUUAAUUGGCAGGACAAAGUUCGAGUAACUGAAGUACUAACCAGUUGCUAUUUUUCUGCACCUUUUGGAAUAAAAGUUCUUACCGAAAGAUCUCUCUUGACUGUUUCGCAUGGAAGACUAAUAAUGCACGAUUUGCUCCAAGAAAUGGGAUGGGAAAUUGUCCGCCAAGAGUCUCAUAACGAGCUGGGGAGGUGCAGCAGGUUGUGGCUUUUUGAAGACGUCAAACAUGUCUUGACCAAAAAUACUGGAACUGAAGCAGUAGAAGGCAUAUUUGUGGAUUCAACAGAGUCAGGAGUAGACAUGGACGUGACUCCGAAAUCAUUUUCAAUGAUGAGCAAAUUGAGAUACCUGAAGAUUGAGAAUGGGAACCUGCCCAGGGGACUUGAAUAUCUUCCCAAUAGUUUACGGAUUCUUGAUUGGACGAGGUAUCCGUCAAAUUCUUUGCCAUCACAUUUCAACCCUCAGGAGCUGCUCGAACUUAGCUUGUGUCAUAGUUGUAUUAAACAUGUUCGGAUAGGAACGGAGCCUUUAUGCAAUUUGAAAACCAUCAAUCUGAGUUACUCUCUGAAUCUUGUCAGCACCCCAAACUUUAAAGGUAUACCAUAUCUCAAGUUUCUGUAUCUUGAAGGUUGUAUAAAAUUGUAUGAGGUUGACCCGACAAUCGAAGUGCUUGAAAGACUUACUGUGCUGAACUUGAAAGAUUGCAAGAGUCUCAUGCAUUUUGCAAGCAGUGUACGUGGCUUAAAAAAUCUCAAAGUUCUGAAUCUUUCUGGUUGCUCAAAGCUUAAAAAACUACCGAAUGACAUGGGUCAUUUAGAGAGUCUGGAGAAGCUUCACGUGAAUGGCACCGGCAUAAGAGAACUGCCUUCCUCAAUUGGAAUGCUUGAAAGACUUCCUCUGCUGAAAAUAGAAGAUUGCAAGGAUCUCGUGUGUCUUCCAAUUAGUCUUGGUGGCUUAAAAUCUCUCAAGGUCUUUAUUAUUUCUGGUUGCUCAAAGGUUGAAAAAUUGCCAGAGGAGUUGGGCGAUAGAAAGUGCUUGGUAGAGGUUGAUGUGAGUGGAACUUCUAUAAAAGAACUACCUUGCUCUAUUGGAUUGCUUGAGGGACUUGUUUCUAUGUCCUUGAGAGAUUGCAAACAUCUUGAGUGUCUUCCAAGCAGUGUAGGUGGCUUAAAAUCUCUCAAAUAUCUCAAGCUUUCUGGUUGCUCAAAGCUUGACAAAUUGCCGGAUGAGUUGAGUCAUGUUGCUUGUUUGGAGAAUCUUGAUGUGAGUAGUAGUGGCAUAAGAGAACUGCCCUCCUCUAUUGGCAUGCUUGAAGGACUUGUUUCUAUGUCGUUGACAGAUUGCAAGAAUCUUGUGCGACUUCCAAGCAGUGUAGGUGGCUUAAAAUCUCUCAAAGAUCUCAAUCUUUCUGGUUGCUCAAAGCUUGACAAAUUGCCGGAUGAGUUGGGUCAUGUUGCCUGUUUGGAGAAGCUUGAUGUGAGUGGAAGUGGCAUAGGAGAACUGCCCUCCUCUAUUGGCAUGCUAGAAGGACUUGUUUCUAUGUCGUUGAGAGAUUGCAAACAUCUUGAGUGUCUUCCAAGCAGUGUAGGUGGCUUAAAAUCUCUCAAAGAUCUCAAUCUUUCUGGUUGCUCAAAGCUUGACAAAUUGCCGGAUGAGUUGGGUUUUGUUGCCUGUUUGGAGAAGCUUGAUGUGAGUGGAAGUGGCAUAAGAGAACUGCCCUCCUCUAUUGGCAUGCUUGAAAGACUUACUGUGCUGAACUUGAAAGAUUGCAAGAAUCUUGUGCGACUUCCAAGCAGUGUAGGUGGCUUAAAAUCUCUCAAAGAUCUCAAUCUUUCUGGUUGCUCAAAGCUUGACAAAUUGCCGGAUGAGUUGGGUCAUGUUGCCUGUUUGGAGAAGCUUGAUGUGAGUGGAAGUAGCAUAAGAGAAUUGCCAUCCUCUAUUGGUCUUUUGAAAAACCUCAAAGAAUUCUGUCUUGCUGGAUGUAAAGCAGAGUCACCUAAAUCAUGGAAUAUGAUCCCCUUUCAGUUAUUGCGAAAAAGAAGUCACAUUCCGGCAGGAUUGUCGUUGCCUUGUCUGUCGGGUUUGCAUUCAUUAACUCAAUUGAAUCUAAGUGACUGCAAUCUUUCUGAAGAAGCAAUGCCCAGUGAUUUUGGAUGCUUGUCUUCAUUAAGAUCAUUAAAUCUCAGCAGAAAUCAAUUCAGUAGACUACCCGAGAGCAUCGGUCAACUCUCUAGACUUGACCGUCUUCGCUUGGAAUGGUGCCACAAGAUUCGGAGAUUACCAGAGCUUCCAUCUCAUGUGUGGGUAGACGCUGACAACUGCAUUUCAUUAGAUACGUUGGCCAAUCAAAUAGGACAAAGCAAUUCGUUGCUAGAAGGAUAUUUUGUUAACUGUUUCAAACUGGUGGAGAAUCAAAGCUGUGAGAGUAUAGCACUUUCAUUGCUAACACGCUACCUUAUGGGUCAAGCAUUGUCUGACCAUAAAAUAUUUGAGUUUGUUGUUCCUGGAAAUGAAAUUCCAGAGUGGUACAAUCACCGAACUGUGGGGUCUUCAAUAACCGUAGAGCUGCAUCCAGGUUGGUUUAGUAAAAAGUGGAUGGGAUUCGCUUGCUGUGUUGUUUUUAGACUCCUCAAACCGCUCCCGCCUUCUGUUCGGUGGUUAAUUAAAUGCGAACUGAGUGCCAAUGGAAAAUUCUUGCCUUCAUUAGAUCACAUUUGGUUUGGGGGAGAGUGGGGUCAACCUGUGUUGGAUCACAUUUGGUUCUUCUGUGGGGCGCGUGAUAUGUUCUCUCAAUAUGAGUGGCAGGAUAUCUACUAUCAGCUUGUAUUCUUAUUUCAACCUAAUUCCUGGGAUGAUGACCGAAUAAAGAAUGGGGAAAUAGUGCAAGUGAAGAAGUGUGGGGUCCGUAUGGUAUAUGAGGAAGAUGCAGAGGAGCUUUCGGAAACACUAGAUAGAAAGGCCCGCGCAAUGCUGCGGGUCUUUUUGUAGCAGUAAUAAUUGGUGUAAUGUUGCAAAAAAAAGGGAAUGAGAAAACACAGAAGAAUAGCCAAAAAGCUUGUAUGUACAUUGAUUGUUAGAUGUACAAAAUGUCUGCUAUUUUGGUU